AUUCAGAUAAGUAUUAGGCGAAGGGCGAAUUUUCUGUACAUUUGCCAAAAAUGUUCCCCUGUGUGAUUCGAGAAUGUCAGUCACAAAGCUCUAUUCACGUUCCACAACAUAAAAAUCGCGAUACUACAACUGAGAUGAACUACAAAAGCAGUAUCUCGACUUCACUUUCUGCGACUAACAAUUGGCGCUGCCAUUACAUGGACAUCGACGAACGUGCAGCACACGUCGAACACAAAGGACACUGGUGGAGUGGACUACGCGAAACUGACUCGAAUCAGAUCGAAUCAGAUAUGAGAAGAGAAGGGAUUCAUCGUUUAGACCCCACCCAUUACACCAACCUCCUCCCAUACUCUCGCGCAGAAUCACGCAUGGUAAAUCGUGUACGCAUCUUGUGCACCCACGCAUCGCAGAUGCACAUAUCCAUCUACUUGACUUAA